AUGGGUAUUCCGGCGAACAGAGGAGUGUGGAGUUUUGGAUUUGGGGAGAGUAAGGAGGUUAUGGAGGUAGAGAGGAGUGUUCUUAUUGGGACGUAUGCUAGAGCUCCGAUUGUUUUAGCGAGUGGCAAGGGGUGUAAAUUGUAUGAUGUUGAAGGGCGGGAGUACUUGGAUAUGACUUCUGGAAUAGCAGUGAACGCGCUUGGUCAUGGAGACCCGGAUUGGGUCGAAGCAGUUAGUGAGCAGGCAGACAUUCUCACUCACGUCAGUAAUGUUUACUAUUCGAUCCCUCAGGUGGAGCUUGCAAAAUGUCUGGAGUGUUCUUUUGCCGAUCGUAUCUUUUUCUCAAAUUCAGGAACAGAGGCAAAUGAAGCAGCUAUUAAAUUUGGUAGGAAGUUUCAGAGGUUUUCUCAUCCUGAUGUGAAAGAGCCACCUGUAAUGCCUGGUGUCACUUUCCUUGAGUAUAUUUCUUUCUCCAAUAGUUUCCAUGGGAGAACUAUGGGUGCUCUUGCUUUGACAAGCAAAGAGCAUUACGGAUCCCCUUUUGAACCUGUAAUGCCUGGUGUCACUUUCCUUGAGUAUGGGAAUAUACAAACUGCAAAACAAGUAAUUCAACGUGGAAAAACAGCAGCGGUUUUUGUGGAACCUAUCCAGGGCGAAGGAGGUAUAUAUAGUUCUACAACGGAAUUCCUGCAAUCAUUACGUAAUGCUUGUGAUGAUGCUGGGGCACUCCUGGUCUUUGAUGAGCCUCUUGCUGGAGGUCUACCAAUUGGUGCUGUAUUGGUGACAGAAAGAGUAGCUGCCGCCAUAAACUCUGGUGACCAUGGAAGCACUUUUGCAGGUGGGCCUCUUGUCUGCAAAGCUGCUCUAACAGUAUUGGAUAAGAUCAGGAAUCCUAGUUUCUUGUCCAGUGUGUCUAAAAAAGGCCAGUACUUCAAAGAAUUGUUAGCUCAGAAGCUAGGGAGGAACCCCCAUGUGAAAGAAGUACGUGGGCUUGGUCUCAUUAUUGGGAUUGAACUCGACUUGCCAGCAUUGCCACUUGUAGAUGAAUGCCGGAAUUCUGGCCUUCUUGUACUGACUGCUGGAAAAGGUAACGUAGUAAGACUCGUGCCACCACUAGUCAUAUCUGAACAAGAACUAGAACAUGCAGCUGAGAUUCUGUUGAAGUGCUUGCCUGUUCUUGAUUCAAACUAGUAGAAAGAGACUAGUAACAGAUAAAUAUUGUACCCUUUUUUCUAUUUGUGGUAUGGAUUUAUGAUUAUUGGAACA